GGAUGUGAGGUUGUGCUUGCACCACAAACGCCGCCCAGACCAUCGGGCUUGAGUUCAACAGGCCAGACCUAAGUAGCCACGCGUGACGAUUCGACGUCAGGACCAUGGACCACCACCAGCAAGAUGUUGAAGGAGAUGUGCUGCUCCUCGACCACUUACCAGCGGCAGUGACCGUUGGCUGCGAUGCCGUCGCCUUCUCAACCACCAAGCCGUUCCUCGGCUGCAAGAGCAUUCCACCAGGCGUGCAUCUCGUAUGGAUCGCCCCCUCGGCGAUGCAUUCGUCCCGUAGCGGGCACUGGUUCGUCACACAGCGGCCUGCGUUCCCAGGCGAGCCUGCUCGCAUCCAUGUCAGAGUAUGGGACCAGUCCACCGAGGCGUUAGUCAACCCGCCGAGCGAGGACUCUCAGGCCACCCUUGCUCAACGGCUCCCGGCCAUAUCGGCAAAGUUGCCCCCGUAUCACUUGCAGUUUUCCGCUGCAGCAAAAACGCAGGCCGUCGACCUCCCCGUCUUUAUGGAUCGAGAGUCGGUCUGGGACAAUCUUACAUAUGCCAUCGACAGCGGCGUGCUCGAAGCAGUCACGGGCAAGCCUGCUCCAGACUGGGGAGUGUCGACGUCGGACCGUGUCUCUGGGGAGAUUCAGCCACCAGCUGAAGCUGAGCUCUACUCGGAAGCCAGCAGGCGUCUGCGCUUCACCUUCCCUGCAGACAUCAAACUCUUCAAUCCCGAGUCAACUGGGUCAGAACGAACACAACAGGCACUCGAUCCCACAGCUUGGGUAUUGAGGACGCUUGGAGACCCGGCAGGCCCCCGGCGUCUAGACCAUCUCGUUGGUGAGCUUCAGUUCGCCUUCUUGACUGGCAUGCAUCUCGGCAAUUUUUCCUGCCUCGAGCAGUGGUGGUUCAUUGUCAACAGGAUCAUUUUUCGGUCAUACGAACUGGCAGUGUCAAGCCCUGCUCUGAGCCAGAGUCUGAUUCGCACGUUUCAUGCUCAAAUCGUUUACAACGAGCAGUUCCUUGAAGGUGACGUUUUUGACAUGAUGCCCGAGAACACAAAACUGUUGCAGAAGUCCUUGACCACGUACAGGUCGCGCUUGAUGGAGAAGCUGCAGUCCCUUGAUGAUAGCAAUCGGACGCCAGAUCACCUGCUGCUGCAAGAUACCUUCUCUGCGCUGGAGGCCUGGCUAGCGCAGCAUUUGGGCUGGGACCUGAGCUCCGACUAUGUCAGAUCUGGCACCGUCAUGCUGGAAGACGGCGAGCUCGUAGAGGCCGAGCUUUCCGACUUUGAGGAUGAGGACGAAAGGGGCGAAUUUGCCGCAACCGUGGUUGAGCUUGAUGAACAAGGCCGACCAACCGACAUGGUUUCCUGGAAUGACACAUGACUUAAGCAUUGGAACGUUGAUACACUUCUGUCUCGUACUCCAUGUCCAUCGGGGAAGCUAUCACCGGCGCCGCGAUAAGUGACCAGCCACUUGCAACAUCAACUACGACAGCUCCCAUAGAAAACAGCGCAAAGCCACUGCUUCCACUGUGAAAGCCGUGAAAAUUACAACGAGUCUCACAUAGACCAAGCAUGUCUGUACCCUGCUUGGGACACUUUACCAUCACGAGUUAUAAACAAGCGCUCGCAGCAUAGUAGCCAUUUCUGCUAGGCUCGAUCUGUGUCAACAAAAUCAAGACUGAGGAUAUGAAGAAGAACUCUCGCUC